AACGUGAGCUCAAGCAAGCCGGGCCACAUACUAGGCGGUUGUGUCAUCGGUUCUGAAUCCAGGUCGCGCAAAUCCUCCUUGGUAGGGUCGAGGCGGCAAUCUCAGCACAUGGACCACGCAGUCGCUUCGCUUGUAUUGCUCGUGAGCUAUUCGGGCACCAAGUACGUGAGCUCUUUGAAAUGCGAGGCCGACCGAGAGAGCACGGGAAUGCACUCGUUUAACCUAUCCAGCGAGGAAGCGGUGGGGUAUAAAGCGAUCACCAGGUCGUGCAGGGACGCUUGUGUUUCCUUG